AUGCGCUCUACCACUGAGCCAUGCGGGCUUUGAUGGUUAUCCUUGCUUGGAACAUGGACUUUUAUCCCUCAUUCUCCACCGUUGGAGCCACCGGCCCCCCACUAUUGCCUUCAGGACGGGAUGUUAGAGAGCUGACUCCCAAGCCAACGACACAGCCCGGCGCAGACCCUGCGUCGCUUGCUAGAUGCCCUGUGACGAGGGGGAUGGAGGUCCAGAGUUGGAUGAUGAUGACGAAGACGAAGACUGUGGAGGUGAAGAACACUGUGUACCACCUGGUUUUGGGUUUGGGUUGUUAGCAGGUCCUUCGAACGGACACCUUGGG